UGACAGAGUUUGAAUUCAGUGCCAGCUUUCAGUCUGAUGCAGUGGGGAUCUUGCCAUGUGAAUCAACAGCCCUCCUUCCCUCUCCCUUCCUCUCUCUCCCUGUCUCGCUUUGACAGGGAGGGGAGAUCACAGACUCGUCAGAUUCAUGCUGUAUCACCUCACACGUGUAUCUGUUUAUUACCCUCCCUCUCUGUGCGAACGGCUAUCUAAACACAUCUAUCCCUGCGAGAUAAGAGACGAGACGCUGAAAGCCAAGAUAAACCUAAACCAUAUCACAGACCUGCUCUGUGACAGGAUGGCUGGGUUCAAGGAGCUACGAUUCACUGAGGAGAAACCCCUGCUGCGAGGCCAGGACACUGAGAUGGAAAACUGUGAUGCUUUCAUCCCAGUUGUGGACACAGACUGGAAGGAACACGAUAUUGAGACCCCCUACGGGCUGCUCCACGUUGUGAUCAGAGGGGCUCCGAAAGGAAACCGCCCCGCUAUCUUGACCUACCACGAUGUGGGCCUUAAUCAUAAGCUGUGCUUCAACACGUUCUUUAACUUCGAGGACAUGCAGGAGAUCACCAAACACUUUGUGGUGUGCCAUGUGGAUGCACCCGGACAGCAGACUGGAGCUUCACAGUUCCCACAGGGAUACCAGUAUCCAACCAUGGACCAGCUGGCUGGUAUGCUGCCCAGUGUAGUCCAGCACUUUGGGUUUAAGAGCAUCGUUGGAAUCGGGGUUGGAGCUGGGGCCUAUGUCUUGGCUAACUUUGCUCUCAUUUUCCCUGAACUGGUGGAGGGUCUGGUCCUCUUAAACAUUGACCCCAAUGGCAAGGGCUGGAUCGACUGGGCAGCUACCAAGCUGUCUGGAUUGACCAGUGCUCUACCUGAAACUGUCCUGACCCACCUCUUUAGCCAGGAGGAGCUGAUGAACAACACAGAGCUGGUGCAGAGCUACAGGCAACAGAUUGGGACCAGUGUUAACCAGUUCAACCUGCAGCUCUUCUGGAACAUGUACAAUGGUCGCAGAGACCUAGAAAUGAGUAGGCCCGGGACAGUUCUUAAUGCCAAAACCUUGAGGUGCCCAGCAAUGCUGGUUGUUGGAGACAAUGCCCCUGCUGAAGAAGGAGUGGUUGAAUGCAACUCUAAGUUGGACCCAACCAAUACCACCUUCCUCAAGAUGGCUGAUUCUGGUGGACUCCCCCAGGUGACACAGCCUGGAAAACUCACUGAAGCCUUCAAAUAUUACCUUCAGGGAAUGGGAUACAUUGCGUAUCUAAAGGAUCGAAGGUUGAGUGGAGGAGCAGUGCCAUCAGCCAGCAUGACCCGCCUGGCACGCUCUCGAACCACCUCUCUGACCAGCGCCAGCUCCGUGGAUGGCAGCCGCCCGCGCACCUGCACUCACUCGGACAGCAGUGAUGGCAUGGGCCAGAUCAACCACACCAUGGAAGUGUCCUGCUGAGGGAGAGGGGGAGAGAAACAGAGAGGCAAAGAAGAAAGACGUCGACCUAUAAUCGGCACGCGUGUGGAGUCGCUUUAUCUGAACGCCCCCCCCACUACCCACUACCCACUAGCUCUAUAACUAACACAAAUGCGAAAGUUGUUCCUUGAAUUUUAAAAACAAAUAACAGUAGCCAUUGUUCUAGCUGGUUUCAUGUGGCGAUUUGUGUGCAUUUCGAAGUACCCUUCCUCCCUUUCUGAACCUUUCAUUCCUGUGUUUCAUUUUACAAAAUACAUACCUUUUAAAUACAUACAUCUGAAGUAGAGAAUAAAGGGGGGCUCUAAAGCGUGGAAUAAGAACUCAACUUCAAGUAUUAAAAAUGUUAAAAGGAGAUAGUAGCUUAGAAUCACAAAUCAAUCAAGUACCAAUCAGAAUGGGGCAAGCUUCUUGGCAACAUGAAAAGUAAUUGUUCUUUUAAAGUGAUAUGCAAACACACUAUUUAAUUUAGUUUAUGAACACCUCAUAAGUAUUGGUGCAAAAAAUUACAACCUUUAGUACAUUGACAACUAAGAAUUACCAUAAUCUAGCCUCAAAAUACUCUACAAAGCAAUCUCUAAAAAAAAGACUUCCUAACAAACUGCAGACCCUUUUAUUGAACGAUGUUAGUUCUGGUGUGUCUGCGAAAACCCUCCUUGGAUCUUCUCCCAAAGCAACGAGCGACCUAUCUGUUUGGGUGACACUAAACCAAUGUAGGGGUCGAGUAAUGAAGCUGGUACUAUAGUGCAUUCUUGAUGGACUUGACACAAGUCAUUACAAUCAAAAGAAAUCAACUGAUUUCAUUAGAAAUUUUAACAUACAGUAAGAUCAAAGAAGAAUGGGAGUAAAUUACAGAUUUACAAUAAUUAUAUUUGCUGCAAUACUUUAAUUGCCAGUUAUCUACAGAACUUUCAUUUAUACUCCAAUUAUAAAUGCAGACCAAAAACACACUUCUAAAAGGAGAAUGUAGACUCUACCCAGAUUGGUUUCUACAAAUUACAACUUCCACUAGAAUGUCUAUCAGUUCGAGAGACUCAUGCUUUUGUGCACUCAGAACUGGAAAACAGAUCAGGGACUGUAGAGUUUCCUUGAUGUUUUAAGGUAUAGAUGGAUUUGAGGGGAUUUUCAUUUCACAAUAAGAUGAGACUUCAAAAUAAAUAACUCUGUACUAAAAUAGUCAUUGAUUAUGCCAGUUUGAUACUUCCAUUUCCUGUUAGAAGUGUGUUUAUCAAUCUGUUUGUGGAUUUCAGUCUACCUGUCAGCCAAUCAAAAUUCAGGUGUGUCAGUUCCCCAGUGAUAAGCUUUAAGUGUUUUCUUGAAUGACAAUCACCUUGGUAACACAGAAUAUCAGCUCAAUCAGUUUUAAACUCUGUUAGUUAUGGUUAUCUGUAACGGGAGGAUUAAUUACUUCUAUCUAUACGGGGUGGGGCUGUUAGAGCCUUCAGCUCUUAAUCUGGAAUGUAGGGCAUGCCCCAUAACUGCAUACAAAUGAACAGCCCCCCCCUUUUUAAAGCCAUUUUGCCAGUGAAACCAUGAACCAUGCCUUGUUGAAACAACAAAAUAUUACAUACCUACGUACCUCCCUGCCAGCCCACACACCUAAAGCUGUAUAUUUAGUCAGCAUUUAUAUUGCAUGACCUACGCCUAUCUGAGAAUGCUCGUCAUUUAAGCGUUUUUGUUUCUGCAGAACAUGCUCUUUAUUUUCUUUCAUCGGUUUUCUCUUGACUUUCAUCGUGCCAACACCAGCCUAGUAUUGUAAAUUUUAAAAAUUGUUAUUUUGCACAAAGGAUUACGGCAUACAAUCAGUCAGAGAUGUCAUGAUAGUAGUUAAAAAUCAAAGCUAUUGUGUCCAUCAUUCACCUUGCAAUGAUAGACGGUAUACUUCUUUUAAUCUUUAAAAAAAAAAAAAAAAAAAAAAGAUACAGGGCUUGAACUGUUAAUUCUCACACAAUUUUAAAUGUAAUAAGGGGUUAAGAAAUGAAUAGAACUGAGGGACUCUGAAGCAGAGUGGACUAGUGGCCAGAGCUGACUCAACCUCCUUACUCCUUACCGUCCUGUACAUCGAGAUUCUCCUGUUCUUAUUGGCCCAAACUGAGUCCCGCUGCAUGAGCCUUUCACACAGCAUUCUCAAUCCAAUAAAGUACAACAUAGUCUACCACCAUCCAAUCUUUUACCACCUUACAAUGGAAUAGAAUAUUAAUGUGCACAGAGAAUGCAUUGUGACAGCUCUAAACAAUUGUUGAAACAAUGUUCAGUGGCUUCAGGUGCAGUAGAAGACCUUCAAUGUGCUUCCCCUACAUAUUUGGUGUACAUCCUACUAAGCUUUAGCACUGUAGAUAAUGUGUGUUUUUAGAGUGAUUAUGAAAUAUGUAUUCAAUACUUGCCUAGUAUUGUGAUGAGUACUGUGUUUUUUUCCCCCUUUUUUAUGAUAAAAGUGUUCUCUUGUGGUGUAGUUGUUCCGGUGAGUAAUUAUUUUUGUAUUCAGCAAUAAGUUGUUUUGUUCUCUUGCUAUCUUGCGGGUGCUGCUUGGAGAUGACUCUUACCCACAGCAUUUAGGUACCACAGUAAAUUGCUUAUGAUUCUGAAGUACUAUAUAAAAGGUGUCACUGUUGAUGUAACAAAAUAUCAUGUGUGGUUCAACAAUAAAGAGGUUUAUCUCA